UACACUUUCAAUUUCCUUCUGCGCACUCACACCUUUUCAUACGGUCACCAAGUUGAAAGUUGAAACAACAGUCAAACACCUCAUCCGCUAAAAUCGCCCAACCAUCUCAAUAAAUAUCGCAUAACAACACAUCAAAGUUCACAACAAAAUUCAAACACCAGAAAGAGAUGGAAGGAAUAGAGCACAGAACAGUGGAAGUGAAUGGAAUCAAAAUGCAUAUUGCUGAAAAAGGAAAAGAAGGACCUGUUGUCCUGUUCCUUCACGGAUUCCCUGAACUCUGGUACUCUUGGCGCCACCAGAUUGCGGCUCUCGGCUCUCUCGGUUACCGGGCUGUGGCUCCCGAUCUUCGUGGUUAUGGCGAUACUGAUGUCCCCAGUUCGGUAAACAGUUAUACAAUCUUCCACUUGGUUGGUGACAUUGUUGCGCUCAUCGACUCGCUUGGGGUUGAUCAAGUCUUCCUUGUGGCUCAUGAUUGGGGUGCCAUCGUUGGUUGGUAUCUUUGCUUGUUUCGCCCUGAGAGAGUUAAAGCCUAUGUGUGUCUCAGUGUGCCGUAUUUACCCAGAAACCCCAAAGUGAAACCAGUUGAUGGCAUGCGAGCUUUAUUUGGAGAUGACUAUUAUAUCUGCAGAUUCCAGGAACUAGGGAAAAUGGAAGCUGAAAUUGCCAAAGAUAGCUCAGAACAGGUAAUCAAGAGCAUGCUUACAGGUCGGACUACUGGACCACUGAUCUUACCCAAAGAACGCUUUUUAUCUCAUCCAAGUACAAAGCCCCUCCCUUCUUGGCUCUCACAAGAAGAUGUUGCUUAUUAUGCAUCUAAAUUUGAAAAGACUGGAUUUAGUGGUGGCCUUAACUUCUACAGAAAUCUCAACUUAAAUUGGGAGCUCACGGCAGCAUGGACUGGAGCACAAAUUAAAGUGCCAUUAAAGUUCAUAACUGGUGAUUCUGAUUUAGUUUACACUUCUUCUGGUACCAAGCAAUACAUCGAGAGUGGUGGCUUCAAGAAAGAUGUGCCCAAUUUGGAGGAAGUUGUUAUACAGGAAGGUGUGGCUCACUUCAACAACCAAGAAGCUGCUGAGGAUAUUAGCAAUCACAUUUAUGAUUUUAUCAAGAAGUUUUGAACGUAUCAACUCAAUUCUAAAGAACUUGUUCAUUAGGAGUUUUCUCUAAAUCCUCUGCUAAUUAAUAAUAUAGUUGCAAUCUAUGCUAUUUGUGGUAUUUUGAAGUAUUAUGUUGCACUCGUAAUCGUGCUAUUUGGAAACUUUAUCGUUUGGAUGUUUUUAUUUUGCACCAUA